UGCGCUUUACUGAAAUAGCUGAUCUUCCGUUCUCUGCUUAGUAGUUGCUGAAUGUAUCAGUUAGGAACAGGUAUUCCUGCCAAAGACUAAGGAGUUUGCACUAAAGAAGCUUAUUAUUUUCUAUAUAUUUGGGACAUUGCUGAUCACGAUUAUUAUUGUAGGCUGAUAAUUUCGGUAUUAUAAUGGCUUCGGGAGGAGACCCUAAAGCAGAUGAUCUGUCCACUGCCAUUCUAAAACAGAAAAGCAGACCCAAUCGAUUAAUAGUCGAUGAAGCUAUAAAUGAAGACAACAGUGUGGUCUCACUUUCACAGGCAAAGAUGGAUGAACUUCAGCUUUUCAGAGGUGACACUGUAUUACUGAAAGGAAAAAAAAGACGGGAGGCUGUUUGUAUUGUCCUUUCAGAUGACACCUGUUCAGAUGAAAAGAUCCGGAUGAACAGAGUUGUUCGUAAUAACCUGCGAGUCAGACUAGGAGAUGUCAUAAGCAUCCAGCCAUGCCCAGAUGUGAAAUAUGGAAAACGCAUUCAUGUAUUGCCUAUUGAUGACACAGUUGAAGGAAUUACUGGAAACCUUUUUGAAGUGUACCUUAAGCCAUACUUCCUUGAAGCUUAUAGACCAAUUAGAAAAGGUGAUAUUUUUCUGGUUCGUGGUGGAAUGCGUGCUGUGGAAUUUAAAGUGGUAGAAACCGAUCCUACUCCUUACUGUAUAGUUGCUCCAGACACUGUUAUUCACUGCGAAGGAGAACCAAUCAAGCGAGAGGAUGAAGAGGAAUCCUUGAAUGAAGUUGGUUAUGAUGACAUUGGUGGUUGUCGAAAACAACUGGCACAGAUAAAGGAGAUGGUAGAGCUCCCUCUCCGGCAUCCAGCUCUUUUCAAAGCUAUUGGUGUAAAACCCCCUCGUGGUAUUCUGCUGUAUGGACCUCCGGGAACUGGCAAGACACUUAUUGCUCGUGCUGUGGCUAAUGAGACUGGUGCCUUUUUUUUCCUUAUUAAUGGUCCUGAAAUCAUGAGCAAACUUGCUGGAGAAUCAGAAAGUAAUCUGCGGAAAGCAUUUGAAGAAGCUGAAAAGAAUGCCCCAGCUAUCAUUUUCAUUGAUGAACUUGAUGCCAUUGCCCCAAAAAGAGAGAAGACACAUGGAGAAGUUGAACGUCGCAUAGUCUCUCAAUUGCUAACUCUUAUGGAUGGCCUAAAGCAGAGAGCGCAUGUCAUUGUCAUGGCUGCGACCAACAGACCCAAUAGCAUUGAUCCAGCACUAAGACGAUUUGGACGAUUUGACAGAGAAGUAGAUAUCGGUAUACCUGAUGCAACUGGUCGUCUAGAGAUCCUACAGAUUCACACUAAGAAUAUGAAGUUGGCUGAUGAUGUUGACCUUGAGCAGGUAGCAAAUGAAACCCAUGGCCAUGUUGGUGCUGAUCUUGCAGCUCUGUGCUCUGAAGCUGCUCUCCAGGCCAUUAGAAAGAAGAUGGACCUCAUUGAUUUGGAAGAUGAAACCAUUGACGCAGAAGUUAUGAACUCCCUUGCUGUAACCAUGGAUGAUUUCAGGUGGGCUCUUACCCAGAGCAAUCCAUCAGCUUUGCGAGAGACCGUAGUUGAGGUUCCUCAGGUCAGUUGGGAAGAUAUUGGUGGACUGGAUGAUGUCAAGAGAGAACUGCAGGAGCUUGUACAGUACCCUGUGGAGCAUCCAGACAAAUUCCUGAAGUUUGGCAUGACUCCUUCCAAAGGAGUGCUAUUCUAUGGUCCUCCUGGUUGUGGUAAGACAUUGCUUGCUAAAGCUAUUGCAAAUGAAUGCCAGGCCAACUUUAUUUCCAUUAAAGGACCUGAGCUGCUCACUAUGUGGUUUGGUGAGUCUGAGGCCAAUGUUCGGGAGAUCUUUGACAAGGCUCGUCAGGCUGCUCCAUGUGUGUUGUUCUUUGAUGAAUUGGACUCCAUCGCAAAGGCCCGUGGUGGCAACAUUGGAGAUGGUGGUGGAGCAGCUGACCGUGUGAUUAACCAAAUUUUAACUGAAAUGGAUGGCAUGUCUACCAAAAAGAAUGUGUUUAUUAUAGGAGCCACAAACCGUCCAGAUAUAAUUGAUCCUGCUAUUCUUCGUCCUGGCCGGUUAGAUCAGCUGAUAUAUAUACCACUUCCUGAUGAGAAGUCCCGUGUAGCUAUUCUGAAGGCAAAUUUGAGGAAGUCUCCAAUUUCUAAGGAAGUAGAUUUGGAAUUCCUUGCGAAAAUGACAAAUGGUUUCUCUGGAGCUGAUCUGACAGAGGUUUGCCAGCGUGCUUGUAAAUUAGCCAUCAGAGAAUCUAUCGAAAGUGAAAUCAGACGAGAACGUGAGAGACAAACAAAUCCUUCGGCUAUGGAGGUAGAAGAGGAUGAUCCAGUACCUGAAAUUCGCAGAGAUCACUUUGAAGAAGCAAUGCGUUUUGCACGGCGUUCUGUCAGUGACAAUGAUAUCCGAAAGUAUGAAAUGUUUGCACAGACCUUACAGCAAAGCCGUGGAUUUGGCAGCUUCAGAUUCCCAGCAGGUAACCAAGGUGGAGCUGGUCCAAGCCAGAGCGGUGGUGGAGGCAGUGGUGGGAACGUAUUCAGUGAGGACAAUGAUGAUGAUCUGUAUGGCUAAACCAACUCAGAAUGGACCAAUAUUUAAUAAAGGGCCACACUGUACAGAGAAAAUUCAUUUCCAUGGACUUUCAUCCUUUAGUGUUCUUCAGUUACAAAAUUGUAGCUACUUAUCUGACCCUUUGGAGCUGAAGUGUAGGGUUGGGGUUCUGUUGCAGGAGCAGAUUUUGUUUAUAUUGAAAACGUAUGUGUGAGAGUUUGGCAGUUUGGGGACAUUGCAUCUGAAAUGGUUCAUUUUGCAGAUUCAGCAGCUUUGGCAGUGAGUACAUCACAAGCUUGUCAAAUUAAAGAAAAAAAUCAAAACUUUUUAUAUUGGCUUGUGACAUAAUAUAUCUGAAAAUGUUAAGUUCUUAACUUGCACAGAAUAAAUUCUAAUUGGUCUCGUUUA